AAUGUCAGGGGGAAUCUCUGCUAGCAUAGCCACCAGCAGACUGCAAGCUGAGGGAAUGGGCUCCAACGACCACGCCGUACCCUUCCUUAACCAGGACUAUGAGGCUUUGAGGCAGGAGUGUCUGGAGACGGGGUGUCUGUUCCAGGACCCCUACUUCCUAGCCGAGCCUCCCUCUCUGGGCUUCAAGGAACUGGCCCCCUUCUCCUCCAAGACCAGGGACGUGGAAUGGAUGAGACCCACGGAGCUGACAGGCGACCCUCAGUUCAUCCUGGGAGGAGCUACCAGAACAGACAUCUGUCAGGGAGCUCUAGGUGAUUGCUGGCUCCUAGCAGCCAUAGCCUCUCUAACCCUCAAUGAGAGGCUGCUCCACCGAGUGGUCCCACAUGGUCAGUCCUUCCAAGAGGACUAUGCUGGGAUCUUCCACUUUCAGUUCUGGCAGUUUGGUGAGUGGGUGGACGUGGUGAUUGACGACCGGCUGCCAACGAAGGAUGGAGAGAUCAUGUUCGUUCACUCAGCCGAGGGCAAUGAGUUCUGGAGCGCCCUGCUGGAGAAGGCCUACGCCAAGUUGAAUGGUUCCUACGAGGCUCUGUCUGGAGGCAGCACCACAGAAGGCUUUGAGGACUUCACCGGCGGUGUGUCUGAGAUGUACGAGCUCCGUAAGGCUCCACGGGACCUGUACAGGAUCAUCAGCAAAGCCCUGGACAGAGGCUCCUUGCUGGGCUGCUCCAUCGACAUCACCAGUGCCUUUGACAUGGAGUCUGUGACGUUCAAGAAGCUGGUGAAAGGUCAUGCUUACUCAGUCACCGGCCUAAAGAAGGUGGACUACCAGAGUCAGGUGGAGAGGCUGAUCAGGGUGAGAAACCCCUGGGGACAGGUGGAGUGGACUGGCGCCUGGAGUGACAAUUCUCCUGAGUGGGAUGAGUUGGACCCAUCUGAGAGAGAGGACCUGCAUCUAAAGAUGGAGGAUGGCGAGUUCUGGAUGUCAUUCCAGGAGUUCCUGAGGCAGUUUUCCCGUCUGGAGAUCUGUAACCUGACGGCGGACGCUCUGAGUGAGGACGGCCUCAGCCACUGGAACACCAUCAAGUUCCACGGCAUGUGGAGACGGGGGAGUACCGCCGGGGGCUGCCGCAACCACCCCAACACGUUCUGGAUCAACCCCCAGUAUAAGAUCACUCUGCUAGAGGAGGAUGACGACCCUGAGGAUGACGAGGUGGCUUGUAGCUUCCUGGUGGCGUUGAUGCAGAAGGACAGGAGGAGGUACCGGAAACAGGGACAGGACAUGCACACCAUCGGGUUCGCCAUCUACGAGAUUCCAGAAGAGUACAGGGGCUGUCAGAACGUGCACCUGAAGAAAGACUUCUUCCUGACCCAUUCAUCCUGCGCUCGCUCUGAGACCUUCGUCAACUUGAGAGAGGUCAGCAACCGUCUCUGUCUGCCUCCGGGAGAAUAUCUCAUCGUCCCCUCCACCUUCGAGUCUGGCCAGGAGGCCGACUUUGUCCUGAGAGUCUUCACUGAGAAACAGUCUGAGACAGAAGAGCUAGACGAUGAAAUCGCAGCAGACCUGGAAGAUGAGGAUGACAUCAGUGAAGAUGACAUCGAAGACUCAUUCAAAUCCAUGUUUGCUCAGCUGGCAGGAGAGGAUAUGGAGAUUUCUGUCCGUGAGCUUAGGACCAUCCUGAACAGAGUAGUGACUAGACACGAAGACCUGAAGACAGACGGCUUCAGUAUGGAGUCCUGUAGGACCAUGGUCAACCUUAUGGAUAAGGAUGGCACUGCCCGUCUUGGCCUGGUAGAGUUCCAGAUGCUCUGGAAUAAGAUCAGGAAGUGGCUGGUCAUCUAUAGAGAAUAUGACAUGGACAAGUCGGGAUCCAUGAGCUCCUAUGAGAUGCGACUUGCUGUGGAGUCGGCAGGUUUUAAACUGAACAACAGACUGAAUCAGGUCCUAGUGGCUCGCUAUGCUGAGAAUGAGGCCAUAGACUUUGACAACUUCAUCUGCUGUCUGGUCAAACUGGAAGCCAUGUUUAGAUCUUUCCAGCAGCUAGACAAAGAGGGAGAAGGAGUGGCUGAGCUGAACAUCACUGAGUGGCUGUAUAUGACCAUGUGUGGUUGAAGAGGACCAGUUUUCUCCCAGGAGAGGGACAGACCGAACAGCCAACGUGCCCCGGCAAAGUGCUUCUUCACUGGGCUCAUAUAGAUCUACUGUAGCCUCUUCCCUGAAACCAUGCGUAUCUUCCUAGCCUUUAUCUUCCUCUGCCUGAUCUGAACUAUAGGGCUGACCUGUACUGUACUGACUCACAUAUUUUAUUUCUCCAUGGUCCCUUCCAGCACGGUUCCAGCUACUAUGGUGAAAGAAUAACCAGCCCUGUUCAGUUCGGCUCAGUUUGGCCCUAUAGUGUGAAUCAGUUACUCCUGCCAUCUAUACUACAGCAAACCCUGACCCACCCCCUCUCAGCCUGCCAACUACACUACAGCACGGCCCCUCACCCACACCCCUCAGCCUGCCAACUACACUACAGCACGGCCCCUCACCCACCCCCCCUCAGCCUGCCAACUACACUACAGCACGGCCCCUCACCCACCCCACCUCAGCCUGCCAACUACACUA